GAAAGGCAAGGGAAGGACGAGAAGGGAGCGUGUCAUUGACUUUGUGCGCACGCACCUGGACUCCCUGGGAUUUUGUCGCACCCGCAGCGGACUCCAUUUUCGAGUCAGCUCCCGGACUCCACUCGCAACUCUUUGUCCCGGUCGGCGAGGCAGCGAUGUCGUGGGACUGCGGUCUGAGGUACGUGUUCUCCGUGUCCCCCUCGCUCCAGCCGAGCGGCGCGUGCGGUCUGCACGACAAGGAGGAGCUGUCCAGAUUGGAAAUGGUCCAGAGACUGGCCAAGGAUGGCUGCCGUUUCUUGCAGAAUCACAGCAAGGGCCCGGAGAAGACAAAUGAGCCUGUCCAGACUGAGGAGGCAGUGCGCGUGCAGGAGCGAGGCCGCUGCGUUCUGAUCCUCCGGAGGAUGUCGUCACAGCCGGCGAGGGGAGGAGGGAAGCGGGAGGAGGAGGAGGAGGAGGCGAGGAACAGGAGGUACACGGUGGUGUCGGGGACCCCGGAGAAAAUCCUGGACCACAUGCUGAAUGACUUGAGGCUGGACGAGGACCAGGUGGCCACACAGGGCAAAGAGACCAACACACUUUUGGAUGACUUUUUGCUGACCUAUCCCGUGUUUAUGUCAACCAGCGACUUAUGCCAAGCUCUUCUGGGACAUUAUUGCUGCAAGCGCUGCAGAGUGAAAGAGGGCGCGAAGGAGGCUCUGGAGAGGAAACAGAAAGUGGCGCACCUGGUGUCGCAGUGGAUGCUUCUCUGCAGGGACUUCCUGCGAGAGGACGAGCAUGUCAAAGUUUUCAUGAAGACAUUGUACCGUUACAUGCUGGAUGACCUUUACGAGCACCCCGCCUUGGAGAGGGACGUGAGGGAGCUGCAGAAGCUUUACCAGCUGCAUCGCAGACACGUGGUGGAAGAGUACUCCCCUCAAAGAAAAAGCAAAGCACUUUUCCACCAAUUGAGCCUGAAAGAGAACGGGGUCCUGUCGAGGGCCACGCACAGACAGACCAAGGAAGUCCCGUGUCGCGUGUACAUCACGAUGGACUCCUACCUGAGCAUGAGAGCCCAUCCCGGCGUUGUGGCUCAGGAGUUGCUCCAAGCAGUGGCCGAGAGGAUGGACGUCUCCCAGGGGGAACUGGUGCUGGUGGCCGUCACUUAUCCUGGAGGCAGACUCCUCCUGCAGCCUCACGACAACGUUUUCUCCCCUUCGCUGCGGCAGGUGGGAAGACUGCACGUUUGCAGAAAGGACCUGGCUGAAGUCGCGAACCCAUUGGCAGAAAACUCAAAACUACAACAGAGGACCGCGCGCAUGCUUAGUUUGAACACAUGGAGCAUGGCUGUCGCUCUCAGCAACAUUGACUGGUCCAUAUUUGACUCCAUUCACGAGCAAGAGCUGAUCUACUUCACCUUCAGGCGUCAUACGAGCGGCGGCCACACGGCGACGCUAGAGAUGCUCCUUCAGCGCUGCAAUGAGAUCCAACUGUGGGUGAUGACCGAAGUGCUGUUGUGCACGGCGCUCAGCCAAAGAGUGCAGCUCAUCAAGAAGUUCAUCAAGAUAGCUGCCCACUGCAAAGCACAGAGGAACCUGCACUGUUUCUUUGCCAUUAUAAUGGGCCUGAACACUGCUGCUGUCGGUCGCUUGAGUCAGACGUGGGAGAAAAUUCCUGGGAAAUUUAAAAAGCUGUUUUCCGAGCUAGAGAGCAUCACGGAUCCCUCGCUGAACCACAAGGCCUACCGGGACACCUUCAGAAAGAUGAAGGCACCAAAGAUCCCCUUUCUUCCUCUGCUACUUAAAGAUAUCACAUUCAUUCAUGAAGGCAACAAGACAUUUCACGAAAAUCUGGUCAAUUUCGAAAAGUUGCACAUGAUAGCCGACACCGUCCGCCUCAUCAGACAGUGUCAGAGGGACCAUUUGGGGAACGGCAUCAGCCCAAAGAGCAGCGCGGAAGUGCACGCUUACGUGGACGACCUUCACAUCAUCGACAAUCAGCAGACCCUGUUUGAACUGUCGCACAGGCUGGAGCCUCGGACUUGAGAGGAAAGACGUCACUUACCGUGUAGCCUUCUUCUUAAUACUCAGGACCAAGUCAGCAAGCCGAGGUCACGCAGCCGGACGACCGCCGGAGAGAGUUGGUCAAUCAGGAAAUACAGAUCUGACAGAGGAGGAAAACGGAAGGAUUGCUUUUGUUAUUACAUGUAUUUUUGCAAUUUCAUUUUCACAUCAGCCUUGUUGCCCGGACGGCACAUUUAGACUCCGGUGGGGAACUGUUGCUGUUGCACGCAAUGUCCAGCAGGUGGGAGCAUUUGGCAAAUGGGUCUCAUGUUGUCCCAGUUAGACUCAUCUGGUGAGGUCGAUUCCAAUGUUUCCCAACUCUGGCACUAUACAUCACUGAUAUAUUAACUGUAGUAAAUAGAUCUUUUUUUUUUAAACCGAUCAAUUCAUAUUGGAUAAUUUCACGGUGAUCUCUCUUGCCACACGUCUCAGCACGGUGGUUAAACCGACAAGAUGUCGAUAGUUAUCAAUUUAGAGUUGCUUCCCUUCAAACAAAUUUUUAAUUGGCUUCUUAAAUAUUAACGUAUCGGAUAGUAGACGCCGCAGUUACUCUAUUAUUAAAAUGGUAGGGUGAAAACCACAAACCAAAAAGUAUUUUCACGAACUUCACUUCUGUUCCGUGUUGCUUAAAAAAGUACAAAUCAUGCCUAAAAGUAAUUAGCAUUUAUUCUCUUCAAUUUGUGGUUGUAGAAGUUUAACAAUUCACAGGAUUCUUGCAGAAAAGGUGGGUGAAAAGUCAAGGACAUGAGCGCCAUAAAAAAAAAAAAUCAUAUUCAAAUAAAUGCUGCCGACAAUCAAUAUAAGGAGCUGACACUUCAUUCUAAUCUAACGUAUGUAUUGUACACAAAGCUUUUUUUUCAGAGUGGAAUUCAAACAACACUGUGUUAUAUUUGAUUUUAGAUCUAUUUCAACCAUCUAAUUUUGUUUACAUGGAUAGUGUUAGUGUUGUAGGGAGUUGGGACUUUCCCCGUAGGGAAAAUGGGACGUCAAAUACUGCGGCACUUUCGGGAAGUUCUGCGGACAUUCAGUGAGAAGUCGUAGUGGACAAAACAUUUUCUAGCUCCGAACUUGCUGCUGCCCUAAAUGUAUCUUGAGUUGUGACUCAGUAGAAUGUAUAUCAUUACGUUCAACCCAUUUGUACACAGUAUUGUAAAUAAUGACUCUUCAAACUGUUUUGGUGUGUAUUUGCACUGUAUUUAUAAAAUAUUGUGUGUGCCUAUCCUAUUUAUUUGUUUCAGAAUAAUUUAUUUCUACUACCUUAACACAUUUUAUUGAACAGUGUUGACUGGUCUGUGUGACACGGCAAACCAUCGAUUGACAUAGUCUGCACCUAAUAAAAUAUUUUUCAU